AUGGCCUCUUCAUUGUCUCCAAACCCAUUCGAUCACCAAAAAACCCCAAACGCAGAGCCAAAGAAAAGCUUCAUGACCUCUCUCAUUACCCUCCGCCCCAAUCACUUCAAAGAAGACACCUACUUCGUCUCGGAACUCAAACCCUCCGAGCAGAAAUCGCUUCAGGAGCUCAAAGACAAACUCUCCGCUUCGUCCUUCGGAGCCUCUUCCAUGUGGGGGGUCCCACUCCUCGGCGGAGACGACAGAGCUGACGUCAUCCUCCUCAAGUUCCUCAGAGCAAGGGAUUUCAAGGUGGGAGACUCGCUGAGGAUGCUUGAGAGGUGUCUGGAGUGGAGAGAGGAGUUUAAAGCAGAGAAAUUGACGGAAGAGGAUCUGGGUUUCAAGGAUUUGGAAGGUCAAGUUGCUUACAUGCGAGGUUACGACAAAGAAGGACAUCCUGUGUGUUACAACGCGUACGGUGUUUUCAAAGAGAGAGAGAUGUACGAGAGAGUGUUUGGUGACGAAGAGAAACUCAACAAGUUUCUGAGAUGGAGAGUUCAGGUUUUGGAGAGAGGUGUUAAGAUGCUUCAUUUCAAACCUGGUGGUGUUAAUUCCAUUAUCCAAGUCACGGAUCUUAAGGACAUGCCUAAGAGAGAGCUUAGAGUUGCUUCAAACCAGAUUCUCUCUCUCUUUCAGGAUAAUUACCCUGAGAUGGUUGCUACUAAGAUAUUCAUCAACGUGCCUUGGUACUUCAGUGUCAUCUACUCAAUGUUCAGCCCUUUCUUAACUCAUAGAACAAAGAGCAAGUUUGUAAUGUCCAAAGAAGGAAAUGCAGCUGAAACACUCUACAAGUUCAUUAGGCCGGAGGAUAUUCCGGUGCAAUACGGCGGCCUUAGCCGUCCUACUGAUUCACAAAACGGACCACCAAAACCCGCUUCUGAAUUCUCCAUUAAAGGUGGUGAGAAAGUUAACAUUCAGAUCGAAGGCAUCGAGGGUGGAGCAACCAUAACAUGGGAUAUAGUAGUUGGAGGAUGGGACUUAGAGUACACAGCAGAGUUUGUGCCAAACGCAGAAGAGAGUUAUGCGAUUGUGGUGGAGAAACCAAGAAAGAUGAAAGCUUCAGAUGAAGCUGUUUGCAACUCUUUCACGACAGGAGAAGCUGGGAAACUCAUUCUCUCUGUUGACAACACUUUGUCUCGCAAGAAGAAAGUCGCUGCUUAUCGUUACACUGUCCGGAAAUCUACUGCAGUCGUCUAA